AGUAACGAAAUUUUCGCAAGUGAAAUUCCGCCGUCGAACGUGACAUUUAAUCGAUGUAGGCAUUAAAAUAUAAUUCAAUCGCAUUGAAUAGUGUAUUAAAAAUUCCUACGUAAAAUUUUACCCUAAAAAGUAGUGAUCGUAGGCAUUACAAAGAAAAAUUUGUGGUAGACAUUUCGUUUACUAAAAUCUGGAAGUUGCUUUCGUCUGAAUGCACAUUACAUUGCAAGUAAUCACGGGCCACACAUUUUAAUUAUAUUAAAGUACAAUAGUGCAGAAAAUCGAUUUUUCGUGUGUGAUCAAAAAGAAGAAAUUGGGCCACCUAAAUACAAUACGGUUCAGUUCAGUUCAAAUCACUUCGGCAUUUAUAUAGUGGGAGAGAAGCUGAAACAACUGUCAUAAACAACCAUACUCUCUGGCAAAGUACUGAGAGUAUAAAAGUGUAAAAAAAAAAUAUAAAUAAAGCGCAAAAGUAAAAAAACGUGAAUAAACAACAUAACAGUAAACACAAAUAUUUAGCAAGGAAGAAUAAUACAUCAAUGACGAAAGCUUGUGGAACUGCUUAAAAUAAAGAAUUUAAGUGUUUUUCACGUAGAACUCUUUAAGCAGAAAACUAAAAAUACAUAAAUAAAUUUUAUUAAAGCAAUGAUCAACUGUAUAAACUGAAGAUUAUCUCAACCACCCUGUAGCAUUAUUGGAUUAUGCUUUUUGAAGAUCUAACAUAAGCUUGAAAAUAUCAUAAUGUUGCAUUUUUCUACACGUCGCCGUGGAGUAUUUCUAUCUCCAUAAACAUUUAAUGUAAAAAACAUUUACAAAAACAAUUUGAAGUUGAAAAACGAAAAUCGAAAAAAAUUCAGCAAAACUAAACUAAAAUUAAAGUAACAGAAUUCGCAAAUACUUCUAGUCAAAUUGAAAAAUAACACAAAUUAACGUAGAUUUAACAAAGUUCCAGAAUAAAGCAGCGAGUAGAGUGCAGUGCGUACACCAAAGAAGAAGGUUCAUAGCGUGAGAGAGAGAAUAGAGUGGAAAUUGAGAUUCUGCGUGGAGCGAAUAAGUGCAAACUAUAUUAAUAAUAUAGUAGUUGUAAAAAUAAAAAAGUAUUUAUCGUCGUUGGCAAACUUUCUAAGCGUGUAUUUAGAAAAAAAUGCCUUACAAUCGUGACGCGUCUUCAGCUCAGGCUGAUAAAUUGAGCGGCAUCGAAGAGGAGAGCGACCUGUACGAGGGAUUUUCACCACACGUUGACACAGCAGAGAUAAAAAGCUUGGAUUUCUACAAUCAAAAGCCCUCGACUGGCAAAGAACCAGCCUUGCGUUCGUUCACUGAAAUCCAACAGCUGCUCCAGCAGGGCAAGAAGCGUGACGUGAAGAGUAUUCUACGUGAGAAUUCAUGGCCUAUUAAUUCGCCCAUUCGUGCACAAUUGUGGCCAGCACUAUGCGCUCAACAUCAGACGAAGCAGAAUAUGUUGGAUGGUUUCUAUUGGGACAUGGUGCAUCAGGUCUUUGGCACAACGGAGCUCUCUGAAAAACCCAUAAUGUUACCCGCCUUCGUCGAUCCCGCUCACUGUCUAACCUACCAUCUUACACGCACUGGGCGUUCGGUAGCCGAUCGCAUCGUGAAUGUAUUGGGCUAUGAUUGCCCCGAUAUUACAUACAGUCCAGUAUUGUAUCCGAUUACAUCGAUUCUGUUGCAUUUCAUGUCGGAGGAGGAAGCGUAUCAUUGUUUAGCAGCGCUUGUCGGCAGCAAGGAGAAAGUCUUUAUCAAACAAACCAAAUUACAGCAUGAAGUCACCUGGAAAACUGUGAUGCAAAUUGCCAAAAAACAUAGCAAAAAUGCCGUGACCUAUUUUCAACGCAUCUGCCCUGGUGUUAAGCUGGAACGCGUCUUCAUGGAUUGGUGCUGGUGGAUAUUAGCAGGUCUACCAUUUCAGCAUCUAGUACGCAUUAUGGAUUGCUACUUCCACGAGGGUAUUAAGGUGCUGUAUCGUGUGGCGCUUGUGAUAAUCAAUCUCUUCCACAAAGAGUGUCAAUCCAACAACGAAUGGAGUCCAGAUAAUAUUAAGAAUGACAUUGGUAAUGCGUUAAUUAAGUUCUGCAAGAAAAUACCAGUGUCACCAACGAAAUUAUUGCAUGCCGCAUUUAGUAUUAGGGGACUGAGUUCCACAUAUAUUUCUAGAAUAUUUAUGAAGACUGAAAUGAUACUAAAAAGCCGUUCCGUUUUGAAUAGCGGUUCAAAGCAAUUAGUUAAGUCGAGAUCCAGUGAUAAUUUGCCAUCGAGUCAAUCACAAGUCAAUAUACAAAUGAUGUCGCACACAUUGACCAUACGUGAGCGAUUGUACACCGAGACCUGUCGCAAUUUGCUCUUUACACUCUGGUCAUGGCUGCCCGUCAGGAUAACAAUGUAUCAGCCGGUACUGCUUUACACCACAGAGGAACACGGUUGCUCGCUGACCACCUUCUAUGUGCGCGUCGAGCAACACGAGCCCACGCUCAUGAUGAUCAAAACGUGCAACAAUGAGGUAUUUGGCGCCUACUGCUCAACUCGUUGGUUCGAACGCAAUGUCAAAGAUGACAAAGGCCAGCGUCAGGCUUACUUUGGCACUGGCGAGACCUUCCUCUUCUCACUCUAUCCGGAGCGCGCCAAGUACCCGUGGGUCGGUAUUGAGAAUGAGAAGGAUUUGGGACAUGCGUCUGAACUUUUCAUGGCAGCCGAUUCGAAAAUGAUAACCAUCGGUGGCGGUGAAGGCCAAGCCAUUUGGAUGGACGAGAACAUACGAUUUGGCAAAACAGACAGUUGUAAGACCUUCAACAAUCCGCCGCUCUGUCCCUCCGGUGAUUUUGAAAUACGUGUACUAGAAGUGUACGGCUUUGAUGGCAUAUAAGUGGUGUAUGUACGUACAAAACAUAUGCAACAAACACACACACACAGACACUGAACCAAAAAAUAAUCGUACACACCUAGCCGCAAAUCCGCAAUGUAUGUGCCACUUUUGUUGCAAAUUAUUUGCUGAUCGCAAUGACUCAAUCCAGGCGUUAUAAAGCGAUUACUCUAUGUUCUUUUGUAAUUUUGUUUUUGAAAGGCAAUGAGAGACCGCUGAUCGGGUCUUCUUGAAUGUUGUUUGGCAAAAAAAAAAAAAAAACAAACAGGGGGACAUGAAAACAGAACGAAAUAUUGUAAGCGCGCAACACGAAGCACGAUGUGAGCUCGAUUCGCCUACAAUUCAAUGCAGUGAAAAUUUUAAAUCUAAAACGAAAAUAUUUCAUUCGAAAUUGCCCGCCGAGAAUGUCUUCUUUUGCGUGAUGAGGAUAAUGCUGACGAUGAUGAUGGCGUUGCUGAUUAGUUACUUGAUGCUAAUCAGCUGUUUUGUGGAACAGCAUAGGUAGAGUGAGUUGUUCAAGGCGCAGUAUUUUACGUAUACAUAUAUUAUUACAUAUACCUAUACAUAUAACUUAUACAUUAAACAAGUAAUUCUCGUGGCUGGAUUGCCAACGCGCUAUUUGAUGAGUGUUAGUAGUAAACAGAAAUUAAUAGUAAUACACAUAUACAUAUAUAUAUAUACCUAUAUAGCUGUAGUAACAAUAGCUGAUAUACAAAUAUAUAAUACAUGUUGUUGUAAAACGAAGCAGCAAAACAAAGAAAUACUCGGUGAAUGAAAUCAAUGCAAACAGUAAAAUACUUUUCUUAUAAAAAAGUAAAAAUAAAUAAACAAGAAAUGAGUAGCGCUUGGCGUUGACAAACCAUAAACAAUAAAUUCGCAUAAACAUUGCACUCGUUUGAAAAAGUUAAUUGCGCGCCUUGUGCUUGUACGAGAAAAUAUGAAAAUGUGAGACACGUGCUUCUGCAGUUGACGUUAAUUUUGAAAAUAAGUAAUUUUUAAGUUGCCACCUCUGGGCAAAAACUUGUUUGCUUUACCAAUUUGUUAACAAAUAAUG